GUGACGAGGUUCUGUUGCGUUGUUUUCAGGAAGGAUGGACGCUUCCAGCCACAGCCUUGCGUUGCUUCAGCAGCUGAACCUGCAGCGAGAGUUUGGCUUCCUCUGCGACUGCACGGUGGCCAUCGGGGACGUCUAUUUCAAAGCCCACAGAGCGGUGCUCGCGGCCUUCUCAAGCUACUUCAAGAUGAUCUUCAUUCACCAGUCUAGUGAAUGUAUAAAAAUCCAGCCGACAGAUAUUCAGCCCGACGUCUUCAGCUAUCUUCUGCAUGUUAUGUACACCGGAAAGACCCCGAAGCAAAUGGUGGAUCAGUUCCGACUGGAGGAAGGAGUCCGAUUUCUCCACGCAAACCUCUUUCCGGCGUCGCCCAAAGAGCCGCGUCGAGCGAAACCGUCGGAAACGCUACAUUCCUCCAAUUUAUAUGGCAUUCAGAUCUCGACGACCCAGAAAUUACCAAAGGAGUCGAUCGAUAUCAGGGACCACCCUUCAAACGCGGCACGGUCCACCAUGCAAGGGGAGCACCCCCAUCUGCAGCUGUCUCUCGCCAUUGGGCUGGAAGGCGUCGGGCCGGAACAACAGAGCUCCCCUUUUCCCGGUCCGGCUGCCGUGAAGUCCAUGGAGGAGAUCCAGAAGACGACGGCGUCCAUCAAGCAGGAGGCUCCAGAACCCGAAGCGGUUUCCUCACCGGAACGAUCCGUUUCGUCUCCGGAAGGUUCAGAAGCAGGCUUUCUGAAGGACGGGAGUCGGGCGCACUCGUGCCACUACUGCGGUGAAAACUUCCAGUCCCGUCUUAGCUUACGAGACCACCUACACAUCCACGUAUCUCAGUCUCUUCCGUUCGGGGUCCCUUCGUCCAUUCUAGAGGGCGACGACCUGGGCGAGGUCCGCCCCGUGCCGGACACCAUGGAGGACGCGGAAAGUUACCGGCUUGGAAGCCUCCUUCUCAACAGGAACGACGAGCCGCUCCAGUCGUCGAACCUGUCUUUUUUGUCGAAAGAUGCCGACCCCUUAGAAUUAAACUGCAACUUCUCGUUCCUGAGGAAAAGGAAAUUCAGCUGCGUGUCGUGCGGACACAAAUUUACGAGGCGGAACCAGCUGCUGGAACACCCGUGCGCCCACAAAACCAAGCCGCUCAAGGUCAACCGGUCCCCGAGGUUCGGUCACCGGGCGGAGCAGACGUUGGAGUCUUACGGCAACGACCUGACGGAUUACAACGAAAGAUCUUCGGACGCGUCACAAGACCACCCAGAAUUCCCCGGAGAAACAGAGCCCACCCCCCAACAGGGAUCCGUGGAGUCCGUUUUGGUGGAGUAACGAG